CGUUAUUCAGUUCAACGGAUCAGUCAAUUAUUCAGUUUGAUAUUAAAUUAUUUGUGAAAAUGUUGCGGCGGAUUUUUCCGCUGGCGGUACUGCUGGUGUUCGCUGAUGUUGUUAUGAAAGCAUCAUGCACUGAGAAAGGGAGUUUGACCUUUGUAAUAGAUGAUACUCUCUCGAUGACUGAUGACAUAGAUCACGUCAAAAGAAGCGUGGACCGGAUCAUGGACAUAGUGUUCAAUGAGAAGGCCAGUGUGAUCAGCAACAUGGUACUCGUCACAUUUAAUGACCCAGAUGCACGUGUGAGAACAAGGACGGACAAACGUGAAGAAUUUAAUAGAGCAUUGAGAGAAGUUUAUGUGCACAACUACCAUAACUAUGACUGUCGAGAACCAUCCAUGAAUGGAUUGAUCCUCGCUUUGAAUGAGAGUAAUCGUGGCUCUCACGUGUACGUUUUCACCGAUGCUUCAGCCAAAGAUCACAAGAAAGCCCACAUUGCCAAAGAAUUGUGUCAGAAAAAGCAAUCUCAGGUGUCUUUUGUGAUAACCGGAAGAUGUACGGUGUCUUAUCCAGAUAAAAUGAUGAGUGUGUAUUACGAAAUAGCCCAGGCGUGUUCAGGGUUGGCAUAUGAAGUGAACAAAAAUGAAGUGUCAGAGGUACUCAGACCUAUAACUGACAUUAUAAGCGGUGAAAAGGUUAUAAUUACAGUAACCACUGUUCCAGCCCAUAUUUACAAAGAUAUUCCAUUCGACGUAGAUGACCAAACUGAAUACGUCAUCGUCUCCGUGUCCGGUAAGGAUGUGUACUUAAAAUUAUCUGGACCAACCGGCAGACAGGAAAACUUAAUGUGGAAUGCCAACGGUAAAGUAGUGAAGUUGGUUGAUAUAAAACCUGGCAGAUACACCGCUACAGUGAAAGGUGAAUCCCAGACAUCCGUCGUCAUAGUGGGCAGAUCUGAUUUCCUCUUCAAACAUGGAUUCUCGGAACUGAAGCCUAAGACACUCAACGAUACUUCGCUCCAACCAAUUGCUAACACAAAUGUCCAUUUGUCAGUAUUAGUUUCUGACGAACGCCAAACAGUGGAAAUACUAAAAGCCCAGAUCUUAGGAAUGGACGAAAAGCCAAUCAGACAAGAUCUUACUUUGACAAAAAUUUCAAAAGGUUUUUACAUUACGCCAGCCUUAAUCACACCGACUGAAAGAUUCAAAGUAGCGGUGAUCGGGAGAGUGAAAGCAACGGGACGCAUUAUAAAGCGUAUCGCGAAGAUUCCUAUUACGCCUCAGGAGCCACCCAUAAAAUUACCAGACAAACAAGCGCCUAAAGCUGUAAUUUCCGAGGGAAGAGAAACGACCGUAGAAUACAACAGUUCUUUGAAAUUAACUUGCAAAGUGACUGCAUUCCCCAAGCCUAAGAUAUCUUGGUACAAUCAACAGGGACAACUGAUAGCUUCUAAAAGUUCCAUGAUUGAAUACCCUUAUGACUACAUAAGUUACCUGGAGAUGCCUGUCGCAAAAGAAGAUAGCUAUAUUUGCGUUGCAGUUAAUGAAGAGGGAACUAAAAAAGUUUCGAUUAAAGUCAACGUAAAAGAUGCUUUCACUGUUGUUAAUAUCCGUCCAAGUGUGAAUCUGGAAUACGGCAAGCCAGGUACCAUAACAUGUGACAUCAAAUCAAGGCUUCCUAUGGAUAUUCAUUGGUACUUUAUUGAUGAAAUGUCAGGUACAAAGAAAGAAGUAGCCAAUUCUAACGAGUACUCAAUAACAGCAGACAAAACUCAACUAAGAAUAAAAAAAGUUGAUCUAAACUCAGUUGGAAAGUAUGUCUGCCACGCUUAUCUGGUGAAUAAUAGAAAUGUCAAAAAGGAAUUGAGUCAACGAGUUGAAGUAACUGGUUUAGUUCCACCGAAAAUACAAAUGCAUACUAACAUAAAAGCGAUCAAGGGUAGGCCUGCCUUUUUAGAAUGCAAAGUAAAUGGUGUGCCUAUUCCAACUAUUAAAUGGCACUUUAGAGGCAAAUCUAGUUCAAAGUUUAUACCACUGGCUGAAACUGGAACCGUGAUACGUAUUAAUAAUGUAGAAGCCAAACACGGUGGUCAAUAUAAGUGUGUUGCAGAAAACGCAUUGGCUAAAGAUGAGAAGGUUACAACGUUAAUCCUUCAAGAAAUGCCCAAGAUAGUAUCCAGUUCAUCUGAUGGUUCAUUUGUCUAUCGAAGCACUGAAGGAGAUGCUACUCUGAAGAUACCAUGCGUCGCCGUUGGAGACCCUAAACCAAGUAUCACCUGGAAAACGGAUGGCCGACCUAUUGUAGUGCCAAGCUCCAAGUAUGAGGUAGAAGAUGGAACGCUUGUAAUAAGAGAUCCGAAAGUAACAGAUACUAAGUCCUAUGACUGUGUCGCAACAAAUGAGGCUGGAUCAGUGUCCACGACUUUCAAAGCUUUCAUUCAACAGAAACCAGAAGUUCAGGGUGUUGCUACUAAGAAAGUUGAACUUGGAAUGCCCGUGGAUAUUGAAUGCAGGGUCGUCAAAGGUUGGCCAAAACCGAAUAUAGCAUGGUACGUGAAUAACCCGGGAAAACAAUUCGUGCGAAUCGACGGAACGACAAAUGUAAUUCAUAUUGCUAAAGCAGAAAACAAACACACAGGUCGCUACAUGUGUUUGGUUCAAAACGAAGCUGGAAAAACCGCACACGUCACUAGUCUUACUGUGGAAUCACAACCAGAAAUCGUUACAAAAUCUAAAUCUGUAGAAGCCAUAGAAGGUGAUAUAGCAAUAAAAAUACCUUGCGAAGUUGUAGGGGUCCCACAACCUGCUAUUACAUGGAAACGAAAUGGAGCUAUUAUCAUGCCCAAUGCGAAGUACUCGUUUGACAAUGGAUCGUUGGUUAUUCAGAAUCCGAACAAAAUUGAUGUUGGAAAUUACAUCUGUGAAGCUAAAAACUAUCUUGGAUCAGUCAGCACCACGACAGAACUUAAACUGGAAAAACGACCCAGCACCUUCGGUACACAACAUUUCGUGUACAUUUUAUAUGGUAAAAGUAAAAAAAUAGAAUGUGAAGCAUAUCGUUCAAAAUCUCAAUCACUUAAAUGGUUCGAUAAUACAGAAGAGUUGCAUAAAAAAUACAUUGAAAUAAGAGACGCAUCAGUUUCAAAUGAUGGUAACUACACAUGUCAUGUGAGUGAUAAGCAGGGACACUCGGAAACACACACGUAUAUAGUAAAUGUUGGGGGCCCACCCAAACUAUCGGGAGAUAAUCCUCUUAAUGAUUGGCGUGGCGAUGUGCAAGAACUCGUUUCUAACUGCGAUAGUAAGGCAAAACCACAAGCUCACCUGGUGGAAGCAAAAGACUUUAGAUAUGCCGCUGAGAUGAAUACUACAUUUAUCGAUCCUUUGAAUGUAGUUCCAGUUUGGCGCCCUUGUAAUGCUUCUCAGACAUCAUGGGAAUCUAUCAAUAAAAUGGUAAGAGAACAGACAAUUUACGAUGAAUUUGUUGCUUGGUCUGGAACUCACACGUGGCAGAGGAAGAAUGGAGCUAUUGUACCACGAUAUUUAUGGAAGGUACUUAAUUUCGAUGAAGAUGAAAUUUUUGCGAUUAUCUACGUCAACGAUCGCACACCAACAGACUCGGAUAUUAAAUGUGAAAACGUCUGUAACAGUGACGAUGAACCGUGGUUCAAAGUUAGUGACAAGUACACCUACUGUUGUUCACUGCCAGACUUCUUAAAGGCAUUCGAUUAUCACGACACUAAUAUUGGAGGCAAGUAUUAA